AUGGAGCAAAGCAAAAAACUAGUCUGCAACAUUCCAAAGAAAAGUAUCCAAAACACAAAGGAUACUGAGGCAACUAUAGCAGAUGAAACAUAUAGUGACAAACAAGUUUCUACUUGUGCUGAUGAAAUGAUCAAGUUAUCUAUUUCUGUCAUGAAUGAAGAAGAUAAGUCAAAAACUCUGCGAAUUUCUUCAAUUGAAAAACCGGUUGUAAGUUUGAAGAAAAAGCUUCUUGUUCUUGAUGUAAAUGGGCUUCUUGCGGACAUAGUUUUCCCCCCUCCAAAGUCUCAUAAAGCAGAUGCAAUCAUAGUGGGGCGAGCAAUAUUCAAGAGGCCUUUUUAUCUUGAGUUUCUGAACUUCUGCUUUGAGAAAUUUGAAGUGGGUGUGUGGUCUUCAAGAACCAAGAAAAAUAUCGACGCAGUCAUUGAUUAUUUGAUGGGAAAAAUGAAACACAGGUUGCUUUUUUGUUGGGAUCUUUCUCAUUGUACUGCAACAAGUUUCAAAACUCUUGAAAACAAACACAAGCCCCUGGUUUUUAAGGAUUUAAGGAAAAUUUGGGAGAAGCAAGAUCCUAAUCUUCCAUGGGAGAAGGGAUACUAUAAUGAAUCAAAUACAUUGCUGUUGGAUGAUUCUCCGUACAAAGCAUUGCUUAAUCCUCCACACAACUCAAUUUUUCCGCAUACAUUCCGUUUUCAGAAUCAGAGCGACAAUUCACUAGCUGCUGGAGGUGAUCUGCGACUGUAUCUUUAUGGAUUGGCAAAUGUUGAAAAUAUGCUCAAGUACGUUGAGCAACACCAAUUUGGUCAAGAACGUGUCACUAAAAGAAGUCAAUCUUGGAAAUUUUAUGUCAAGGUAAUUGAUAGUCUUUCCGCCCGUCAUUGUUGAACUUCAAUAUGAUGUACUUUUUAUAUUUCUAAUAUGGUUGUUGAGGAUUCCUUUAGAAAGUAUUGUCAUUUAUGAACAAUAUUUAACUAUCCUAUUUUGAUUAUGGUUUACUGUUUUUUUUAUGGACUAAAUGUAUAAGGGCUGAAGUAUCCUUUAUGGACCAAAUGUUGGGGUUCCUUUUUGUUUUGAUGAACAUUAAUAUGAUCCUUUACA